AUCAUCUCCAACGAACGAGUAGAGUAAAAGUAAUGGCUUUGCAAAUUUGGUUCCCUCUCUUCAACCAUUACCACAACCACAAUCUCUGUAAACAUGAUAGAUAUGGUCCAACAUUGAUGUCUUCUCACAGAACCCUCUUCUCAGUUUCAUUGCCCAAAGCUUCUCUUUCAUCAACUCAACAACACAGCUCAGAUAGCACUCAUUAUUUGAAUUUGAAUAUUAAUAAUAACAACACUCGCAAAGCAACUCAACUUGGUUUUUUGAGCAAGAGGAGGAACCUCAACCUAGUAAUUCUUGCAUUGUUUUCAAAUGGGUUUUUGCCAAACAUGACAACAAAGCCCAUUUUGGCUGAAGAAUUGCAGCUCCAAAGGUACAUAGAUCCCAAGGAGGGUUUCACUCUCCUCAGACCCUCUUCUUGGAUCAAGGUUGAUAAGGCAGGGGCAACUGUUCUGUUUGAAGAGGCUAAUAAGGGAAGUAACAAUGUUGGGGUUGUGGUAAACCCAGUUCGUCUUACAAGCCUUGGAGAGUUUGGGACUCCUCAAUUUGUAGCCGAAAAGCUUAUACAGGCUGAAAGGCGCAAGGAAAGUACAAAUGAUGCUGAGGUGAUUUCAGUUGCAGAGAGAUCUGGCGAGGGAGGCUCACAAGUGUAUGAGUUUGAGUAUAAGGUUGACAGCACCAGGGGAGGGAUGAAAAGGAUCUUCUCAGCUGUAUUUGUGGCCUCUAAGAAACUCUACCUCUUAAAUAUUACUCACUCAGACAAACCAGAUAGUCCUCUUGAUGUCCACACCAGAAUGAUGUUGGAGCAAGUUCUUCAUUCCUUUGAUGCAGCACCCCACACAUAAAAUCACAACAUGUGUCAUGGAAACUUCAUUUUUUAUGCCUUUGCUUGAUCUUCAAAAGCAAAGAUGGAAAUGCUCUAGAAUGGAAGUAACCUUUGCUGGUGGAUUCAAAUGGCAGAAAAGUAUCUUUUGUGGCAUUCAUCAAGAGAAGAAUCAUCCUUUAAGGAUUUAACCAUCCUUUCAAGUUAUGAGAAGACCAUGACGGGUAUCACUAAAUCCCUGAUUAUUCAUUUUUGUUAAUAAGAAAUCAGUUAAAUGGGCUUAAGUUGUAAAGUAACACAGGUGUGCUAUUUUUGUCUAAUAUUUCUUAUUCAAGAUUUCUUCAGCAAAUGCCUCUAGGCUUUUUGUAAAUUGUAUCAUGUAUUCCAAGUUUAUUGGUCA